UACCACGAGGCUACGAGUAUCAACGCUCCUGCCAGCUUCGGAAUCAGCUACAUUGAGGGACAGCAACUUCCCCAGUCAGUCCCAAUCACACGCCCCAGUCUUGUUUUUGUGUUGUUCUCCUCUUCUUUCCCUUUCCUCAUGCCUCAUCUACCCUCAUUCACUCCCCCAUAUAAUAUCUCCACCCCUUUACUCGGAGUAUCAAUACUGGUCUGCACCGCCAUUGCCUAUUCGAUAGCCAAAAUGUUCGGAUUCGGUCGCAAGAACGAGUUCCCCGUCGAGGGUCGAACUGUCGUGAUUACUGGUGGAUCUGAUGGCAUGGGUCGUGCUCUCGCCAUCCAGCUCGCCGCCAAGGGCGCUCAUGUCGUUGUGGUUGCUCGAACUGUCUCCAAGCUUCAGGGCACUGUUGAAGCGCUCAAGAGCUGUGCCCGGAACCCCGUGAAGCAGCGGUUCCUUUACAUCAGCGCGGAUCUGAUUGAUAGCGCUGAAUGUGAGCGUGUGGUCGCCGAAGUCACUGCUUGGAACGACGGAUGCGCCCCUGAUGUCGUCUUUUGCUGUGCCGGCUUCUGCCACCCUGGUUUCUUCACCGAUGUGCCCCUUUCGGUCCAGCGCCAGCAGAUGGACACUGUCUACUGGACUGCCGCCAACAUGGCUCAUGCCACUCUCCGCAACUGGUUGACGCCCGUUUCCCCCAGUGAGCAGAUCAAGAACCCUCGUCGGCAUUUCAUCUUUACUUGCUCUACCCUGGCAUUCGUUCCAAUCGCUGGUUAUGGUCCUUACUCGCCGGCCAAGGCCGCCAUUCGCUCUCUGUCUGAUACCCUCAGCCAGGAGAUUGAGAUGUACAACGGAGCCUACAACCAGCGACACCGCAACGCGGCUCCUGCUGCCGAUAUCAAGAUUCACACUGUCUUCCCCAUGGGUAUUCUCAGCCCCGGAUUCGACAACGAGCAGAAGAUUAAGCCUGAUUUGACCAAGAAGCUCGAGGAGGCCGACAAGCCCCAGAGUCCCGAGGAGGUCGCCCGGAUUACCAUCAACGCCCUGGAGCGUGGCGAGUACCUUAUCACCACCAUGUUUGUGGGUAACAUCAUGAAAGGAACUGCUCUUGGAGCCAGUCCUCGCAAUGCAAUUGUUGGCGAUACCCUUCUCAGCUGGCUUAGCAACCUGGUCUUCCUUCAGGUUAUCCCUGACCUUCGCAACAAAGCAUUCAACUGGGGCAAGUCCAACGGACUUCCCAAGCCUUCGGCCCAAGACCAGGCCUCGUCCUAAUUGUCACGAACGGAAUGUUUUUGUUCCCGACUCGCUAAUCGGUGCUUGUACUAUACCCUGCAUGUUGCCUACAAGGCUCUUUUCCCUCGUUCGGUCUGAUUGAGACGUUACGCUCUCUUUGUCCGAGUGCGAUCGGGCACUUCUAUUAUUAGUUUUAGUGUAUGAAUCUGUCUUCUAAUUCUUUCAAUUCAUUUUGGC